AGGAAGUGAGUCACAUGUUAAUUACUGACGGGAAAGUAAUGACCAACUUUGCUCAAUACGAGCCGACACGGAAGGCGAAGCGUGGACUGUAGACGAGGAAACAGCGUCGAAUAAUAAGAUUUCAGGUAUCUGAAGAGUUGGAGGGGGAACGACAGGCAUCAAAACAGCUGGGAUUUAACACUAAAGACGGACGAGUGCUGUAGCAGGGAGAUGAAGAGAGAAGUGAGUGCUGCUGUCAGCUUCCUGAAACGCUUUGCCUUGGAGCGAGGAGGCAUCGAUGAAACCAAAGCCAAACUGUUUGCUGCUAAACUACAAGAGCUCCUGUGCAAGAAGUACACGGACCACUGGUAUCCCGACAAUCCGAACAAGGGUCAGGCAUACAGAUGCAUCAGGAUAAAUGAAGGCACGCCAUGCGAUGAUUCAGUGCUCCAAGCAUGUGAGGAAAGUGAACUGAGGCCGUCUGAGCUGGGCCUCCCCCGCGAGAUCACACUAUGGAUUGAUCCGCUGGAGGUGUCUGUUCGAUCAGGUGAGAGCUGCAGGCAUUUCACAGUGGCUCGUUUCAGCGAGGCAGAGGAGGAGGAUGAAGAUAAGGAGGCCGGUCUCAGUCAAGACAGCUCCGAUUCGGUGAAUCUGGACACUUCGGACUACCACUCGGCCAGCUCCUCUGACUGCGGCUCAGCCGUGUCCAGCGACACAGAGGAGGAGGCGGGAGACGGCGAGACGAAGAAAGUAAAAGGGAAACCAGAAGAAGAGAGGAAGGGGGAGAACAAAGCUUUCGUGAUUGCAAUGAGACCCAGACUGAGGGAGCCGAAGCCGCGGAAAAUUCCAAAGUCUCAGCUCCCUGGGCUCCAGUACUUCUACCACCCGACACCAAUGUGGCCUCAGUACAAGAAGAAAGGCCCAGUACUGCUCACCACCAUUUGUACCCCUCCACCAGCCCCUGUGCUCGGCUACUACGUACUCCCCAAACCUCCGCCUCAGUUCAUCGUCCCCCACGCAGCCCUCCAGCCGUGGGGCGCCGUCAAAGGAUAGACUAAAACCAAUGAGGGUGGGAUCGGUACGGUGACCAACUAGUAGAUUCUGAGUCUCAUGUUCAACUGUUCUCAAUAUUUUAUCAUGAAAUACUUGUAAAUGAUGAAUUGUUAUAUAAUGUAGGUUUUCCACUCGAUCCAAAGGGAACAUUGACCACUGAUGCUUUCACUGAACCAAGCAAUACUGAACAACAGUCUUAAGCAAAGGUUUAGGCACCCCUGGUCACAUGACAUGUUUUGUUUAUUUUCUAAGUAAAAUAAAGUACCCAUUGUCUGCUACACAGUUUUAUACAGUUGUGUGCAAAAGUAUGUGCACCUCUGCUCAAAUGACAAGUGAAAAUAAGUUAACACGUUCUCUACAGAGAGCACAUUUUAAAGCACAAUUAAUGAGUAUUUGUUGAAUUUAAUAUAUUGUGGGGGAGAAAAACACAAAGUGUGGCCAGUGCAAUGGUAUGGCACAUUUUGAAUGCAAUAUUUAAGGGAUUAAGUGUUCCCUGUAGAGGAUGUGUUCACUUACUUUCACUUAGAAAAUCAACAAAACAUGUAUUUUGACCAUGCAAAUUUAAACAUACAACUGUAUAUUUGUUAA